GGUUCAAAAAGUAAGAGAAGUAAUAUCAUGCACAGAGCGCCAUUUUCUUAUAGUCUAAAUAGUGACAUCAGGAACUAAUGACGCCGCAUAUAUGACGUCAUCACCGAUCGCCUAAUUCUCCCUCCUCAAGUGAGUGGCCUCAAGUAUCUCAUUCUCCAGGUUUGAGAAACUGGGAAUUCUCUACUAAUUGUCACACGUCCUGUAUAUAUCAGUGAGGAUGGACACAGACAGAAGUCACAUGACUGAGAGUAUAUUACAGCUCACUCUGGAGAUCAUCCACCUGCUGACUGGGGAGAAUUACACAGUAGUUAAGAAGACAUCCGGUGAGUGUGAGACACCUAGCAGCCGUCCCUGUGUGUCAGGAGGACUGAGCAAGACCCGGAGCCCCAUCACAGUGCCUCCACCUCACUCACUGAUACAUGAGAGACACAAUGACCAGAAGAUCCUGGAACUCACCAACAAGAUCAUUCAGCUGCUGACUGGAGAGAAGGGGGAAUAUAUAGAGGAACACAGGGGUCUGUACAAGGACGUGAUGAUGGAGAAUCACUGGCCCUUCACAUCACUGGAUGGGCCCAGUAACAGAGAUACCCCAGAGAGAUGUCCCCGUCCUCUGUAUUCCCAGGAUUGUACAGAGGAGAAUCACAGGACCCCACAAGAGGAUCGGGGUGAAGAUACAGAGGAAGAAGAGACGUAUGUGACUGAUAUGAAGGCAGAAGAUAUAGAGGAAGAAGAGACGUAUGUGACUGAUAUGAAGGCAGAAGAUACAAAGGGAGAAGAAGAGACAUAUGUGACUCAUAUGAAGGCAAAAGAUAUAGAGGGAGAAGGAGAGAUGUAUGUGACUGAUAUAAAGGCAGAAGAUAUAGAGGGAGAAGAAGAGACGUAUGUGACUGAUAUGAAGGCAGAAGAUACAAAGGCAGAAGAAGAGACGUAUGUGACUGAUAUAAAGGCAGAAGAUAUAGAGGGAGAAGAAGAGACGUAUGUGACUGAUAUAAAGUCAGAAGAUAUAGAGGGAGAAGAAGAGACGCAUGUGACUGAUAUAAAGGCAGAAGAUACAGAGGGAGAAGAAGAGACGUAUGUGACUGAUAUGAAGGCAGAAGAUAUAGAGGGAGAAGAAGAGACGUAUGUGACUGAUAUAAAGGCAGAAGAUAUAGAGGGAGAAGAAGAGACGUAUGUGACUGAUAUGAAGGCAGAAGAUAUAGAGGGAGAAGAAGAGACGUAUGUGACUGAUAUAAAGGCAGAAGGUAUAGAGGGAGAAGAAGAGACGUAUGUGACUGAUAUAAAGGAAGAAGAUAUAGAGGGAGAAGAAGAGACGUAUGUGACUGAAAUGAAGGCAGAAGAUACAGAGGGAGAAGAAGAGACGUAUGUGACUGAUAUAAAGGUAGAAGAUACAGAGGAAGAAGAAGAGACGUAUGUGAUGCGUGAUCAGCAGUGUACGGAGGAGGAAAUCCCUACAGAUAUCAGCACAGCAGACGGAUGCACAAGCAGGGAUCCUUCGAAGGGACAUCUUGUUUUGUCUCAAGAUUUAAAAAAAGAAAAUAACAUCACACAAGAUUCUUCAGAAGAAAACACCAUUACCCUAAAAAUACAUCAAGUAUUUAUCAGUGCAGAUAAAUCAGCCGAGCCCUCUAAUCAUGAGGAAUGUUCUGCUGAUAAAUUGGUUAUUGUUUCACCCAGUACAACUGAUUCUGCUUUUAUAUGUUCUGAGUGUGGGAAAUGUUGUAAAACAUUCAAAAGUCUAAUUAGACAUCAGAGAAGUCACACAGGUGAAAAACCAUUUCCAUGUUCUGAGUGUGAAAAAUGUUUCAGAAAUAAAUCACAUCUUGUUAGACAUGAGAGAACUCACACAGGUGAAAAACCAUUUCCAUGCUCUGAGUGUGGGAAUGUGUUUACACGCAAAUCAAGUCUUGUUGAACAUCUGAGAACUCACACAGGAGAGAAGCCAUUUUCAUGCUCAGAGUGUGGGAAAUGUUUUACACACAAAUCAUAUCUUGUUGCACAUCAGAGAAGUCACUCAGGUGAGAAACCGUUUCUGUGCUCGGAGUGUGGGAAGGGUUUCAUAACUAAAUCACAUCUUGUUAAACAUAAGAGAACUCACACAGGUGAGAAGCCAUUUACAUGCUCAGAGUGUGGGAAUGUGUUUUCAAGUAAAUCAAAUCUUGUUGAACAUCAGAGAACACACACAGGAGAGAAACCAUUUCCAUGUUCUGAGUGUGGGAAAUGUUUUACACAGAAAUCAGUUCUUGUUGCACAUCAGAGAAGUCACUCAGGUGAGAAACCGUUUCUGUGCUUGGAGUGUGGGAAAGGUUUCAUAACUAAAUCACAUCUUGGUAAACAUGAGAGAACACACACAGGUGUGGAAAAUAGUUUCCUAAAAAAUACAGCUCUUGUUACACAGCCGAAAAGUCACACAGGUGAGAAACCAUUUCAAUGCUCUGAUUGUGGGAAAUGUUUUAGACAGAAAUCAGUUCUUGUUGUACAUCAGAGAAGUCACACAGGUGAGAAACCAUAUCCAUGCUCUGAGUGUGGGAAACGUUUCAUUACUAAAUCACAUCUUCUUAGACAUAAGAGAACUCAACACGGGUGAGAAACCAUUUACAUGCUCUGAGUGUGGGACGUAUGUUUGCUUGUAAAUCAAGUCUUGAUGAAUAUCAGAGAACACAUACAGAAGAGAGACCAUUUCCAUGCUCUGAGUGUGGGAAAUGUUUUACAUAUAAAUCACUUCUUGUUACACAUCUGAGAAGUCACACAGGUGAGAAGCCAUUUCCAUGUGUCGAGUGUGGGAAAUGUUUUACACGCAAAUCAGGUCUUAUUAUAUGAAUGCAUAUAAGGGGAAAUACAUUUCCGUGUGCUUAUAGACAAUGCUGCAGUAAUAUUUAAAUAAUGUAAAAUCCAUUGAUAUUAUUCCUAAACAUAAACACAGGCAAAAGUUAAUUUUCAGCGUCAAAAAUAUGUAGACUACACUGCGUUAUGGAGGACAGGUAAUAUAUGCAAUGCUCUCUGUAUUGUAUGGCUCUCACUAGAUUUCUUUUUUAUAUCAGUUACUAUGUUGUACUCUGUAUUGUAUGUCGGUCACUAUGAUGGUAUCUUUACUUUAUGGCAGUUACUAGGAUGCUCUAUUGUAUAUUAGUAACCAAAAUGCUCUGUAUAUUGGUCACUUGGCUGCUUUAAGUAUUUGGUUACAUUAGGAUAGUCUUAACUGCACUAAUAAUUCACACAACCCUCCCACACACACAAGGUAAGUAUGUGAGUAUUAUAUACCUUACACUGUUGUGUACUGUCUGGUUUUAUAUUGUGCUCUAUGAGUAUUAUACAAUGUAGUAUGUGUUAAAGGUUGUCAUGCUUUGUUGAUAUACUCCCACCUACAUGAGACCACUUCCAGUAUUUUUUCCAGGGCCAGUUUAUGUUUUCAAAUCUUAGCUAUCGAAGCGUACAAAUGUGUCCUCAUCCACCAUUCCCUUUUUGCUUCAUUUGCUAAGAUGCUCCAUCACGAGUAGCAAUCGCACCACAACUUGACACCCACCCCGCCCCACCUCAUGGCCUGGACUGGUGACUUUUUCUAGAUCUGUAUAGCGCUGCAAACAAAAAUCUGAGUUUUUGGAAGUACCAUUAGUGCUGCAUAUAGCUGAGCGUAAUUCGCAUCUGGUUGAAUUUACCCCAUAGAUUGCUUUAGGUUUAGUUUCAUUUUAUAUUAUUUCUAGACUUUUUAUUCUGUAUCUAGUGAAUAAGCACAGUAACUAGCAGUACUGUACAUAUAUAAACCUGAUCUGCUGUUGUGUUGUCUGUACAUUUAAAUAAAUAUUAUAAAGUUGUAA